AUGCCUUUACCAAGACGUAGAUCCUCUAUCUUGGGCCAACAGCCCAAUUUAACCUCCGCAGAUUGUUCUGCUGCUACCAACCGUAGGGUAAGCAUUGGCAGUGCAAGUAACCUGCCCAGACCCCCUGGGGUCUAUGUAGGCAGUGUACCAACUGGGGGAGUCAGUAGUCUUGGUACAAGGGUGUCUCGCCGAGCCUUAGGCAUCAGUAGUGUCUUCAUGCAGGGAUUACGCAGCUUUGGACCUCCUGUUCCAGUUGCCCAAGGUUUUGAAAGGGGAAGAGCCCCAACAUUUGAAACACUGAAUGCUUGCCUGGUGGAGUAUAUUGAUAAAGUGAGAGCUUUAGAUCAGGUGAAUCGAGAGUUGGAGGAGCAUAUCAGAGUGUAUCUGGACAAGAAGUCUUCAUCUGUGAGCAGCUGGGGAUCACUCAGAGACAACUGGGAAAAUGUCUACCAUCAGGUGGGAGACGCUGUUUUGGAGAAUGCUCGUCUUAUGUUGCAGACAGAAAACAUCCAAGCAUGUGCAGAAGACUUCAAAGAAAGAUAUGAGAAUGAGCAGCCUUUCCGGAAAGCAGUGGAAGAAGAGAUAGACUCCUUGUACAAAGUCAUUGAUGAUGCAAAUUUGACAAAAAUGGAUCUAGAAAGUCAGAUAGAAAGCAUGAAGGAAGAACUUGGGCUGCUGUCAAAGAAUCACGAAGAGGAUGUGAAAAUGCUGUACAAACAGCUGGCUGGGUCUCAGCUAGAAGAGCUGGAUGCUCCAAUAGGCACUGGACUGGAUGACAUACUGGAAACCAUCAGAAUUCACUGGGAGAGAGAUAUUGAGAAGAGUAGAGCUGAGACAGGUGCCCUGCUUCAAGCCAAGCAUUCAGUAGCUUUACCAGCUGUGCAGAGCCAAGAAGAAGAAUUUGUUGAGUCUCUUAGAGAAGAAUUCCAUGAUACAGCCUGUAAAAUCCAGAGCCUGCAAGCUGAGACUGAAUCCCUGAGGACUCUGAAAAGGGGUUUGGAGAACUCUUUGUAUGAUGCUAAGCACUGGCACGAUAUAGAACUCCAAAACUUAGGCUCUGUGAUAACAAAACUGGAAGCAGAAUUACAAGAGAUCAAAGCUGAAACUGAACAGCAACAGAGAGACAGAGAAAACUUGCUGUCCAUCAAGCUGCAACUGGAAAAGGAUAUAGCAACAUAUCACUCUAUCCUGGAUGGGGAGGAGAAGAGCUUAUUUUACGAUGCUUCUGUUGAGCACCUACCCUUGGUUAUAAACCAAGUGGAGUUUAUUUUGAUUUUGCUUUCCUCCAUAUUGACAGAAACUGUGUUUCGAUUCCGGGGUGGCAAAAUGGCAUUUAAAAUUACAGAUGAAAGAUGGGAAAGUGAUGUGAGUGAAGCUUUUAAAGCCACAAUUAUCAUUGAUGAACAAAAUAUUGAUGAAAAAAGUGAAGAUGUGUUUACAGCAUUUAAACUAUAUAAAGCCAAAGCUAUUAAAGAACUUAAACUUAAAUGGGAGAUUGCUAGCCUUGAGAACUAUGUUAGAGAAAAACUAAUACCAAGAGGUCUAAGGAUAAAACUGAACCCUGGUAUCAAGGACCUAAUGCCGAUAAUGAGUUUAUUGCAAAAUGGAAUGCAAUUCUAA